AUGAACUUUUGUGGUGAAUGUAAUAAUAUGCUUUAUCCUCAAGCAGAUAAGAUAAACAAGACUUUAUUGUUGGUUUGUAAGAUUUGCGAUCAUCAAGAAGAAGCUAGUAAUUCAUGUGUAUAUAGAAAUGAAAUCAAACAUUCAACAGAUGAAAGAACUCAAGUAUUACAUGACAUAUCAUUAGAUCCUACGUUACCGAGAACAAAAGGUGCAAAGUGUCAUGCAUGUGAUGGUAGAGAAGCUAUUUUCUUCCAAUCUAUGGGUACAAAGAGCGAUAAGAUGACACUAUACUUUAUUGAUAAGACAGAUCGAUCUUAUCCUUCCUAA